UGGACAAUGGACGCUGGGCACCGCUAAAUUCGCCACCAUCUGUACAUUUCACUAUCAUUUUCAAUGCUUUCGUCCUGAUGACUUUAAUGAAUGAAAUUAAUUCAAGAAAAGUUCAUGGAGAACGAAAUGUUUUCAAGGGGCUUUUCACGAAUCCAAUAUUCUGUGUUAUAUGGAUACUGACACUGGUAUCGCAAGUGUUGAUUGUGCAGUUUGGUGGUGCAUGGGUAUCAACUGCUCCGCUUAAUGAAGUCCACUGGGGCGUUUGUUUGGCGUGUGCACUCGGCACUCUCAUUUGGGGUCAGGUACGUUUUUUCUUUAAAUUAUUAUGCGUUUUUUGCAACUAUGCAAUGCGGAAAACGCAUACUGGCGAGAGUAUGUCUGUGUGUGCACAGGGCCUCUGUACCGAUUUUUCAUCUCGAGACCUACGAAAGCUACAGGGCUGAAA